AUGGAAAGAAACAGGGGGUGGAAGAAGACUACAGGAGCGGAAAGAACCAGGGUGGAAAGACUACCAGGGAGUGGAAAGAAGAGAAAGAAGACAACCAGGAGCAGGAGCGGAAAGAAGACGGAAAGACAACAGAGCGGAAAGAAGACUAAGGGGUGGAAGAAGACAACAACCAGGAGCAGGAAAGGAAAGAAGACACAGGGCGGAAAGAAGACAGCCAGGGCGGAAAGAAGACACCAGGGCGGAAAGAAGACACCAGUGGAAAGAAGACAGCCAGGGGUGGAAAGAAGACAACCAGAGCGGAAAGAAGACAGCCAGGGGUGGAAAGAAGACUACCAGGGAAGAAGACCAGGAGCGGAAAGAAGACUACCAGGAAAAGAAGACUACCAGGGAAGAAAGAAAGGGAAGAAGACAACCAGGAGAGGAAAAGAAGACAGCCAAACGGAAAGAAGACAAUACCAGGGGUGGAAAGAAGACACCAGGGCGGAAAGAAGACACCAGGAGCGGAAAGAAGACAGCCAGGGGUGGAAAGAAGGAAGGGGUGGAAAGAAGACUACUCAGGGAGACAGCCAGGGGAAAGAAGACAGCCAGGGCAGGAAAGGAAACUACCAGGGGUGGAAAGAAGACAGCCAGGAGGGAAGAGACAGCCAGGGUGGGAAAGAAGACUACCAGGGGUGGAAAGAAGACAGCCAGGGGUGGAAAGAAGACAGCCAGGAGUACCAGGGGUGGAAAGAAGACAACCAGGAGCGGAAAGAAGACAGCCAGGAGCGGAAAAAGACAGAGAAAGCGGAAAGAAGACUACCAGGGGUGGAAAGAAGACAAGCCAAAGAAGAGGAGCGGAAAGAAGACAGCCAGGAGCGGAAAGAAGACUACCAGGGUGGAAAGAAGACAGCAACCAGGGCGGGAAAGAAGACAGCCAGGAGCGGAAAGAAGGAGCCGGAAGAAGACUACCAGGGGUGGAAAGAAGACAAGCCAGGAGCGGAAAAAGACAGCUAG